UUACUAGAGUUGCCUAGUAAAAUACAACACUCCUUUUUAAACUAUCUUCUUAAAUAUUGGUAUCUUUCCCAUAUAUGUAGCACAUUUAUGCUUAACUAGAAGGCAGAUUAAACAGUGGAGGCAAAGGACUGUAAUUAUUGUGAGGAUGAAUGCCAAACAAACAUUUAAAAAUCCCGUUAUCAUUCACAAGCUCCCACAUCUAAGAUGAGUCCUUGCUGCUACAAGGGUACAGGGGACCGAUUACACCUGAGGAAGUGCUUCUCAGACAGCACAGUAAUGAGAUAAACGUUAGCCUGACAGGUUUUGACUUUGAACACUCACUUAGUACUUCUCACCUCUAACAUGAAGGUAAUGACUAAAUAUCAAAGUCCUCAUCAAAUUAUGUGGGUGAGUUCAGGUCACACUCUUGGUGGGCUUCACCCUCCUUUUGAUUCGACGGUAUCACCUUUUCAAAGCUGUUUUCAACCUAUUUUUUAAUUUACUUUUGGUCUUUCUCAUUGACAUCUACAAACUGCCAUCCAUAAAGGGUUUAGGAUACGUUUAAACCCAGCAGGGAAGCUCAGUGUUUUCAAUAACUGUCAAAUAAUCACAUGUUGUGUGGAUGAGUCAAACCUUCUGGCCAGUUUGUGAGUCUCUAAGCAAUUUUGUGCCACAUUGCAAACAACCAGCCCCUUAAUUUGGUAAUUGUGGCCAUCCAAGAAAACAAUUAUGGGGUCGUUCAAUUCAGGGAGGAAAAAAAAAAAAUUAAAGAGCUGACAAAAAACACUUACAUCAUUUUACUUCCCAAACUUUCAGCACUAGUCCACCCAGCUCUGAAGGCUUAUUAUGUCAUUAAGGCACUCAUAUUGUUCAACUUCAGUCUGCGAACAGAAACAAGACUUUCUGAUUACCUCUGCUCGUCCAAGGGAGUUGACAUUUAUCUGUCAAACGCCGGCCAAAAACUUAGAACACAUGAGUUCUGUCGGCUGAUUGUUAUUCAGUUGUAGCGCUGUGACACAUUUUGGCAGUUCCUCCGCACUAAGCAAUGGCCAAAGAAUUCAUCCAAGCAUGAAUAGUUUAGUGAGGUCUUCAAAAUGCAUGUAGUCACAUAAAGUUAUUGCACAUGUUAGCGACUAGCAACAAGAGAGGCCAAACUUUUGUUUAUGUUUUUGGACAACUUUCGACUCCCUGCUGGACUGAGAGGGAGCAAACCAUCAUUAAUGUCAAACAGGCCACUGAAGCUAAUGGAAACAUUAAUAUGUUCGACGUGUGCUGUGAUGCUCGGGGAAGAUUUGUUGAAGAGCGAUGCUUUAAUUUUCACCCCUCACUCCCACGGACUCUUCCCCAAAGAGCGCCUGCACCCAAAUUCCCUGGCUUCCUUCCUUCAAGGCAAAACCCUAAAUGGUCCUUAAUGACUCCAUGCAAACAACGUGUGACGGGGGACAAAUUACUCAAACACUUCCCGCUUCUUUUUUUUCCUCUUCUUUCUCCUCCUCCCUCUUCUUCAGGUGAUACUUGAAAGGUCUCCGAGGUAGCUGGCUCGCUGCGCCCUCCCUCUUCUGGCUCCUUUCUCUGUCACCCUCCACAAUGUCAAGGUGUCGCGACCCUGCUGCGACCUGCACCCACCGUUGGCUAUUGGACCUCGGCCUGCCUGCAGAAGGGCACAAUCAGCAGUGUGAAAAAGGGAUGUGUGUUUGGUGAGGCGGGGGUAGGGUCACCAUAUACUAAUGGGGUGAGGCUGACUUUUAGGGAGAUGAGAGGAAGAGGGGCCGUCCCAUUUGGGUCUCACAUGCUUGUCGGCCUGUGACUUCCAGUUUAAAAAAGGCUUCUGGGUGGCUUCUAUGAGUCAGUGGUCACCCCUCGGCAUCAAUCGCUUCACCUUGGGAGUUGAAUGGGACACAUGCACCCCCUCAACACACACCACAACCGCCCGCCCCUCCCUCGCGGCCCUGGCACCCCUCCUUUCCUUUAAGUCAAUAUGUCCGUGUCAGAGAUGAAAGUGCAAAGUGGGAGGGACGCGGAGGGGGUCCUGACACUAAUGUAGUACAUUGGGCUUCACUUACUGAUCUGCCAAGUUCUUUUGUCAAGCCUUAAAUGCCUGCUAGGGUCCUUUGAACUGCUGAGCGCUCGCCCGCCCUCAGAUGCCUCCUCCUUUAGCUUCAAUGAGAUAUCCUCGGUGACAUUCCCACAGUCCCGUCGCUGCAGACAGACACGCAUAACUGCACGGACGCGGCGAGGUUCAAAUUCAAAGGCUUGAAAGGCCUCUGGGAGUCGUCUAAGUAACAUCAUUCGCCACUUUGCCGCUCCUGUCUCAAAAGUUCAAUUUGUUUUCCUAAAAAUUGAAAUAGAAUUGGCCAACGCGGCUGCAGAGGAUCAUUUCAGGCACCGCUUGAAUCUGUGGCUUGAAAGCACUUUCAUCGGCUGCCAAGCAGAGCGAGCCAGGUAAACUAAGACCUUUAACUUGCUUGCUUGUUUUUGUCACUUCCUCACUCUUGUCAGCUAAUCUGUGUGGGUAACCUUAUCCACACCCCCACCCACCCCCACUCUGAGUCUCAGGAACUGGACUGAAACUUUUCUCUCCAUUCACAAAGCUCGCUCUUGUUGUGCUCGACCAGCACUUUGAUUGAUUCUCCCAGUUUUAUCAUCCUUUUUAAAAACCUUUUCAAAUAGUGUCAGCAGGCAGCUUGUAGGUGCACCAAUGCUUUUGACUGAUGCAAAAAAAAAAAAGUUUUCUCACUCCAUUCUAAAUUUCUUUCCAUGCAGGUCAAUCACAGGGUUACCGGGUUUGACUUUAUGCAACCACACUAUUACGGUAAUGAUGAAUGGAAUUUCCUUUGUGGCAGUCAAAUCACUGUAAAAUUCCCAUUUCAAAAAAGUGAGCUGCAGAAACAGCCUCUCUGUUUUUUCGGAAACCCCACGGAGCAUGAUGUCAACACUUUUCAUUGGAACUACUGAUUCCAUUGAAUUGAAGCGUCAUCAGGAAUCUUGGACAUAAAAUGAAACUCUGUAGAAGGCUCGAUCACACUGGAAACUCGUUUUUGUCUUGUAAUUUGCACGGACCAACCCUUCAUAUCUGCGAUGUGUCAUGUAAAUGAUGUCCAACAGUUGCAUAAACUGUGGAUUUGGUACAAAAAUCUAACAUUAUAAGGAUUAAACAGAUGUGGGUGAGUGUGGUAAAAAGUGACUUAAAGGUGGCUGUGUGAGAGAUAGUUUUUUGAUUUGAUUGGGAAACUUAUAAAUCCCUCUUGUCAGUCAAAUUAGGCAGGUCAGAAUAAUGUUUAUUGGAAUCCACUUUAGCUUCAAGAAAGUUUAUAUUUCUACAAUAAAUCUGUUCCACAAACUCCUGUUUAAUCAGCUGCCAAACUGAUUGGUAGACCAGACAUGUUCAUGGCAGAAGCAUCCAAAAACUGGCUUGUGGCCAUCGCUUGUUCCAUAACUCCAAACCAAAUUCUCCUGAAAACCAGGGGCCCUUCCUAUUUGCCGUGAGCAGAGGUGACUUUCUUCCUCCUUGUGCCUCACAGGUGGCCACAUCCAAGCCUGCUGCUCUCUCACUGUGGAUUCACAGUCAUGCUCCGAGAAGUUUGUCGCAAACAUGUGCUUAAGAGGCGAUGAGUGACUCCACAGUGCUGGCUCUAUCACAGUCAAAUGGUAAUUGCUGUUUAUCGUCCUGCCUUUAAAUCAGUUAUCAGGUGCCUUUAUUUUGUACUUUCGGCGAAAUCAUCUUCAGCAGUGGUGAGCAGCAGCUAACAUAAGUCUCAUUUCAUCAAACAACCCAUGCAUUUGUAAAGAAAUCAUCAAAUUAUCUUUGCGGGUAAUUACUAUUUGCUCCAUUUUGCUGUGAUUUCCCUCCCUAAGGCAGAUAAGUCUAAAUUAGUCAUGCUUUAAAUGACAUUAUACACCAGUUGUGUUACAGGGAUUAUUACAGUGCCCUGUGGUUGACAGGAUCAAGGGCUCUUGUUAGGCAGAAAGCCAUGAAUCACUGGGUAAACCCACAUCAACCCUCCUUAUCCACAUAUGCACUUGCAGAGAAGAUAAACACUGUGUAACUUGACUUGUUAUACAUGCUAAACGCUCCUGUACUUGAAAUAACAUCCACGAAUCCAUAUUUUCCUGACCACAUCCAGAUUUGUGUUUAUUUGGCUGCUCUUCUGCUGUCUUGCCCUGUGUAGAUCAGCAGCUGGAACUCUUACUCCUUUUUCUUUUCCCACUAAACAAGCUGCAGGAGACCCUUUGAAAGCCCCAGCAUGGGAAAUUAUGUAUGUAAUCAUUUAGAAUCAUUCUGAAUAUCAAUGGGGCAGGAAUCCCGACGAUCCAGUUUUAAUGGGACAAUAAAGGCGGACCACAAAGGUUUUCUCUCUCUCUCCCUCUCCCUCCUUUUUUUAAUGGCAGCGGGGAUGUGGGCUCACUUUACUGCUGCCAGCUCUGAAGUACUCGUAAACACAUUCACACCUCUCUUUCAUUUAAAUGCGGGAUAAGUUAUAGCACAUUAUUGAAAAAAAUCGCGGACAACAACCUGCAUUUGAAUGCUGUCUGGGAGAGGGAGGCCAAUCCACAAACCAGCAACAGUUAAAAGGCAAAUAACUUCGAGAGAAGCAGUUUCUGUUGCUUUUACAACCCAGCAGCUGUUUAUUCUACAAUGACGGUGACAAUGUAAUAGUCAAUAAUAUGCAUAACAUGAAAAACUAAUUUGAAAAAAAUAUAUACUGUGCGUAAUAAUGAACAAAAACUGCUCACAUCAUUUAAAUUAGUUUGUCACAUUAGGUCUUCUUGGUCCUUUGCCAAAUAAAUAAUUUCCCAAACUGAAUUAAGGAGAAAAAAAUCUCUACAAAACCAAACCAAAAAGUGAUUCAUCUCCUUGUUCAAGUUCUUCUUUGCGCAGCGCUUUGCCCACCGAGAGGAAAAAACGUUCUCCAAGCUGAUGGUCUCUCCAAGAUUACCCUAUCAGGUGCAAACCGCUGACAUGUUUCCACCCACCAACAACAAAAAAGCCUCUCUGUGCCCAAAUCUCAAGCCGCAGACGCACAAACACCACUGACAGGCACUGCUGCGCCAUCAUCAGCCCCCGAACCUCUCCAGGGAUCCGCUGCUGCUGCUACCGCUGCGAUUUCCACACUACUUUUUUUUUCUCUUUGAAAAAGCAAAACUUAUGCUUGGAAAAGUUUAUUUGCGCGCAGUUACCGAAUUGUUUUUUUGUGGACGGCCGGUUUGUUAUUCACCGCUUUUUCCUUCUCUCCCACCGUAGCUCUUGGUCCAAUAAAAUGACCCAUGCAAGGUGUAGAAAUCCCCCACAGGUACGGACGGAGCUGAGGAGCCUGUGAUCUCUGGAGGAGCAGGAUUGGGUUUGUGGGGUAACUUAGCUAAUAGGUGCGCAAAACUCAAAGGAUAUUUUUUGGAGAGAGAGAGGGGGGAAUCUGUUUGGAGAGGUCGAUUUCUUUUCCACGUUUGGCAACGACUUACGGAGACGUUAUUUCGGGGAGCGGAGGAGACUGAGCUGAGAAAAAAAAAGACUCUUGUGGAUAAUUUCCCCCUACAAGGAAGCACCCAAUGUUGCACGCCGAAACUGUGCUGCUCCUCUCCCGUCAUCUAUCCUUACACUGGGAUUCAAUCUCCUACUUACCCCCGGAGUUGUGUGCGUAAAAGACGCGCAAGGGGAGCGAAAGCGAGAGAGAGGGGGGCGAUUUCGCCAACCUUUCCCGGGGCUCUAAAUCUGUGGAAGCAGGUGUAUUUCAGCUGUAUUUCUGCAAGCCAAGAUGUCUCUGCUGCCUUCGAGGUUCAUAUACCUGUGUUUACAUUUUCUGGUACUCUAUUUCCAGCUACAGGAAUCCCAGCAGAGCUCUGCUGAUUUCAGGUUUUACAUCGAGAACCACACGAGGAACCCGGACGACCUGAGCCGGAAACAGGUCCGGAUCUACCAGCUGUACAGCAGGACCACGGGCAGACAUGUGCAGAUCCUGGGGAAGAAAAUCAACGCCAACGGAGAUGAUGGGGCUCUUCUUGUUGUUGAGACGGAAACCUUCGGGAGCCACAUUCGAAUAAAAGGAAAAGAGAGCGAGCAUUACAUUUGCAUGAACGAGAAGGGCAAAAUAGUCGGAAGGCCCGAUGGAAGGAAGCAGGAGUGCGUCUUUGUUGAGGAAUUCCUGGAGAACAACUACACGGCUCUCGUGUCGGCCAAGUACAAAGGAUGGUACCUCGGCUUCAACCGGAAGGGGCGGCCCAAGAAAGGCUCGCGGACCACGCAGAGGCAGCAGGAAGUCCACUUCAUGAAGCGGCAGCCCAAGGGCGUGGUGGAUCCGCUGGAGGAGUUUCGUUUCACCACAGUAACUAAGCGGACACGAAGGGCUCGGCGAUUAAAACCCAACUCCAAGAGGAACUGAUGGCGCUGGCGUUCCUCGUGGGGGGAAAAAACAAAAAAAAGCAAACUGUACCUGAAAAAUCUCAAGCUUCUUACAAGAAUCACCUUAAAGACUUCACUUCUGUAAAAGACAAAAAGAACAAAAAAAAAGUCAAAGAUGUUUUAUUUUUGUAUUUCAGGAUGACUGAAUAUUUCCUAACUCUUGGAUUCUUCUGGGUUGAUGUCAUUGUGCUAACGUGUCUGUCAUGUUAUUUAUACUGGAUAAACUAAAGGACCUCUGAGAGAAUUCCUGUCGCCGUCGUCCUCAGCUGCAUUUGAACUGCAGGCCGAAGGCAUACUUUCUUUUUGACAAUGGGAGCUGAAGCAGGAGCUGACGUAAUGUUAUAAAAAUCAGCCAACUAGAGAUUUAUUGGAAUACCUGUCGGUUUUUGUUUGUGUUGCCCCUGACAACGCGGAUCCCAUACUUUCCACUGGAAUUAGACACCAUGGAGAUAAAACGGAGAGAGGUGGCAGUCGCAGGUGACACUGUGCUGCCGGGAUAACUGUGUAGCUUUGAGUGCAAUAUUUUACAGGCCUUUUCUCUUCCUCUUUUUUUUUUUUUUUUCCAUAUGUCUCUCAACCUCAGCUUCACUCGUGGCUCCUGGAAUGCGCUCCGAGUACUGUGUGUGAUUUCUUUGACAUUUCCACGCGGGCCUGUGAUUCAGCUAAAACGCAACAUGCUUUGACUAGUCGGGCGCCCGCCGCGGCUUUGGUCUUGUUUAAACACUAAGGAAAGAAAAAAAAAGACAAUACAAACAAAAAAAUAUAACAGCUGAUGUGAUUCAUGAUUCCACACUGUCUUCCAGGUUCAUCACGUUCGAGGACGGAUGUUAGUCCCUUCAUCUCCCCCCUCCGACUCCCGUCAGCUCACAUGUGUUAAAGCUGUUCCACGAAAGGAUGCCUCGAUUCUUUGAGUGUGAGCUCUAGCUAGUAUUUUGGGGCUGGUGAUGACUUCCUCUACCUCCUUGUUCUUUUUGUUUAUCUUUACCUAGUCGCGCUGUCUGCGUUCAGUUAAUCUCAAGAACCUUUCAGUCGACUCUGAGCUUGAACCGGGCUUUUUUUUUUCCCUCCGCUUUCCAAAAUCAUCUUUCGACUGUGAGCUCAUCUUCGCUCCUUUCACUCUCACUAGAAGACAGUCUCAAAGAUGCUUUCGGGAACACGUAGCCCUCGUGCUUGUUUGUCAGAUCAGUCAUUCCCGGACAGGAAUGCUGUACACCACCCACCCUUCGUCACUUCGUAUUUGACAUUUAAAGCUUUUUCCUCAAAAACCCAACUUGUCAAGGAUUCAGGGAAUAUUUUCCGCGACGUGGACGAGUUUGUGUCUGAAUCCUAAAGGGAAGAAGUCUAUGCUUCUGUCAUUUUUUUUCCUCUCUGACUGACAACAAACUCCAGCCUCUUUUCACCAGUAGUAUGUAUCUACCUGUCAGAUGGCAGGUUUUUGUAUGAGUUGCUACUAACAACAUGACACAUUUAUGAUUUUUAAAAAAAACAAAAAAAAACAAAUGUAAGCAAAAAAUAAUUUUAUGACUAUUAUUAAGAUAUUUAUUGCCUCCCUUUGUAAAUAAAAUGUGAUGAGUUUUAUUUGGCCUCUGUUAAUAAAAUGAGGACUAUAUUUUAAAA